AUGCGCAGUUCGCGUUCAACGAGACGCGGUAAAACACGAAAUAUACCGUCACCUGCCGCACUUGCAAUACACUUAAAAGCAAUUGGUAAAAAAAUUGGUGAUGGAGUGGCGGAAGUAUAUUCGAAUAUUUCAAAGGAAUCCUCGACGUUCUUUGCGUUCUUUGAUAAGCAAAAUGCUUCAAAAAACAAAUAUCCCGAUCGUAUAUUUCUGGCUGAUAGAACGAGAGUGGUGCUGAAUGAUGACCCGAAUUACUAUCAUGCCUCUUGGGUUGAUGGAUGCACGCAGGAGAGACAAUAUAUUCUAGCACAAGCACCAUUUGAUUCAUCGACAACAUCGGAUUUCUAUCGAAUGGUUUUACAAACAAAACCAGAAGUUAUUGUUACACUCAUGAAAAUCGAAAGCGUCGCUGACGGAAAAUUGUUACCAUCGGAAGGCAAAUCAAAAGUCUAUGGCUCAAUAACGGUGAAAAAUGACGGAACGAAAAAAAUGGACGAUUCUGAUGCAUACAAUUUAACAGUAUCGGCAGGGAAUUCAGAACAUAAAGUAACAAUAUUUGCACUCAGCUCAUGGACAGAUGACCUCAAAAUAGCACACGGUUUUGCCGAUUUCCAUCAUGCCGUACGUAAAGAAAUGAAAGAAAAACCCCGUGAAGGAUGGCAGAUGAUCGUCUGUCCGACAGGAGUACAUCGAGCUAGUGUUUGGGCGGUAUAUGACACUGAAUUUGAACGACUUAAAACAAAAUCAAGAAUACGCUUCUCGGAUACCCAUUUUGAAAUGUGCGAUUUCAAUGUAAUGGCGCAAUCUCUAGCUGCGGGUUCACGUUUUGAGAAGAACACGAAAGAGGUUCUCUCCUCGAAAGUGUGCACCUUCGAGGAACGCAUACAUUAA